AAGAAGAAAUUGCCGUUGCGCUACAAAACGGGAAUCUAGAAACCCGUUUUGAGGUUUUUCUUUUUUAAUUUCUUGAAAAUCUAUUUGAGUAUUCGCUGCGCGUUUCAGUGUGCAAAAAUGCGUUGUGCGGCGUUGGCAAUGGUAGCGCUGCUGGCCUUUGGCUGGACGCCAGGUCUGGGCGAAGCUCUGGGAGCUGACGAUUUGAUAUACGGCUACGAGUGUAGCAAGGGAAUAUGUCGAAAGGUCGAGCUGAGUGAGGAAAAUUUUGCCUCGGCUAUUAGUUUGCCAGUUUGUCGGCUGUUCUGUGGCAGCGACAUUGGCACUCUCUGGCCCAAGCCAACGGGCGUGGUGCAACUGGAGCCGCUGAUGCGACAGGUGGACGUAGCCAACAUUGAAUUCCAGAUGCCAGGUACAAAAGAUAAACUGUGGAAGUCAACGGAACAGCGUUGGCUAAACCUGUUGGAGGCGAAGGUACCAAAUCGCAAGAUCCUCAAGAAAGGCGGCUACCAAUUAAAUAUUAUUGUCAAUACUGCGGACGCAGGGGCACCAAUGCGUCUCCAGUUGAACACGGACGAGAGCUAUGCACUGAGCAUAGGAUCGAAUAGCGCUGGCCAAGUGACGGCCAAUAUUACAGCUAACAACUUUUUUGGAGCACGUCAUGGCCUGGAGACUUUGAGCCAGUUGAUUGUCUAUGACGAUAUCCGCCGGGAGGUGCAAGUGGUGGCCAAUGCCUCUAUUGCGGAUGCACCUUUCUACAAGUGGCGUGGACUUCUGCUGGAUACUUCGAGGAACUACUACUCUGUAAAAGCCAUCAAGCGAACAUUAGAUGGCAUGGCCAUGGUCAAGCUCAAUACCUUCCACUGGCACAUCACGGACUCGCAUAGCUUUCCGCUGGAAAUCAGCAAGCGACCAGAGCUCUCCAAACUAGGCGCCUAUUCACCAAGCAAAGUGUACACUCACAGCGAUGUAGAGGAUAUAGUGGAGUAUGGACGAGUUCGGGGUAUACGCGUAAUGCCAGAGUACGACAGUCCGGCGCAUGUGGGCGAGGGCUGGCAGCACAAGAACAUGACGGCUUGCUUCAAUGCACAGCCUUGGAAUAAUUAUUGUGUGGAGCCUCCAUGCGGCCAGCUGGACCCCACUGUGGAUGACAUGUACAAUGUGUUGGAAGACAUAUUCAGUGAUAUGUUUAAGCUUUACAAUCCUGAUGUCUUUCAUAUGGGCGGCGAUGAAGUAUCCGUUGCUUGCUGGAACAGCAGUGCAAGCAUACGCAACUGGAUGCUGGAGCGUGGCUGGAAUUUGAAAGAGGAAGAUUUCAUGCGCCUGUGGGGCCACUAUCAAAUGGAAGCUCUCAGUCGUGUGGAUCGUGUGGCCAAUGGGUCGCAUACUCCCAUUAUCCUGUGGACCAGCACACUCACCGAUGAGCGCUACAUCGAUCAAUAUCUGGAUCCAGCCCGUUAUAUCAUACAAAUCUGGACUAAGGGCAAUGACAGAGUUAUCAAGAAAAUAUUGAAGCGUGGCUAUCGCAUCAUUGUGUCCAACUACGAUGCUUUGUAUUUCGAUUGCGGCGGCGGUGGCUGGGUGAAUGACGGGAACAAUUGGUGUUCGCCCUAUAUUGGCUGGCAGAAGGUCUAUCAGAAUGAUUUAGCUCAAAUUGCGGGCGAUUAUAAACAUCAUGUGCUGGGCGCCGAGGCUGCCAUUUGGUCAGAGCAAAUCGAUGAGUAUACCUUGGAUAAUCGCUUCUGGCCACGAGCCAGUGCCUUGGCCGAACGUCUUUGGUCGAAUCCAACUGAAGGUUGGCGACAGGCCGAGUCGCGUUUGCUCCUGCAUCGCGAGCGGCUGGUCGCGAAUGGCAUCGGAGCGGAGGCAUUGCAGCCGCAAUGGUGCCUGCAGAACGAGAACGAGUGUCCCAUUGAUGCGUAUGACCUAUAGUCUUAUAUAUAUAUAUAUAUAUAUAUAUAUAUUGAUAAAGUUCCUGAAUGUUGGGAAAAGUAAUCAUCAUUAAUUAUAAAUUUAUAUAUUCAAAAAUGCAAAAGCGUUUUAGUAUAAUGCAAAACAGAUAUUUAGAGUUGACUUUAAGUUUAGCUCGCUUAGUUAGUUUUUACGUUGAAUGAGUUUGUUUUUUUAGCUAUAUAAAAUGUUAGUUUUUCUUCUACCAUAUUUGUUUUUGUUCUUGUAAAUAUAUAUUUUCAAUCAAAAUCUAUAUACGCGCUUGCUUCAUUCCCUUUUUCUUUCUCUUUUAGAUUACUUAACGUUUGCUUCACCUACAGCGACAUUUCUUCGACAGUCUUCACAUUAAUUUUGCUGUUAUUGUAGUACAUAAAUAUUCAUAUACAUACAGACAUAUAUAUGCAUAUGAAUAUAUUUAUAUAAUAUAGUACAUUAUAAUUGUUUUUGUUUGUUUCUUUUUAAGCUGAAGGGCAUUCAGAUUCAAUAAGGCGUUGAACAUCCGCUGAUAAAAAACUGCAGCAAAAAUCGUGAAUCAUACGAAAUGUAUAUUAUAUUAAAUAUAUUCACAUAUAUAUGUAUAUGGAGAGAGAUAUAUAGAUAGGUAUAUAUAUAUAUUUGAUAAGGAUUGAGUGUGCAGCCUGUUUCGAAACGGACAAAUCUGUGUUUUUUUUUUUUUUCUUGGAGAGAUAGCUGUAGGAUAUUUUUGAAAAUUUCGCGUUUUUCAUAGAGAUUAUAUCCGGGGGCUCUUUGGAUAGUUAUAUUUCAUUUUUAGCUUUUUUUUUGUUUUUUUUUGUUGUUCUUUUUUGUUAUGUAUUACAUUUGUACCCCGAGUUAAAUUACGUGUGCA